ACUAACCCAAAGGGAUCUAUCAAUGCCAUCACACUUAGGAGUGGAAAAGAGUUAGAAGGACCAAUGAUGAGGAAUGACCAUAGGGAUGUGGGUAAUGAGAGUGAGAAGUUGGUGACAAGUGAGAAAGAGCAUAUUGGUGAGAAAGGGGAGAAUGUUGAGAGAUAUGUAGCACCUGCACCUUAUAAGCCUCCACUACCCUUCCCUCAAAGGCAAGUUAAAGCUAAGUUGGAAAAACAGUUUGGGAAAUUCAUAGAAAUCCUUAAAAAAUUGCAUAUUAACAUCCCAUUUGUUGAAGCCAUUUCCCAAAUGCCAUCCUAUGCCAAAUUCUUAAAGGAGAUUCUAUCAAAUAAGAGGCGAUUAGAGGAAUAUGAGACUGUAGCCUUGACCCAAGAGUGUAGUGACAUCAUACAAAAUAAGCUACCACCUAAGCUUAAAGAUCCUGGCUCAUUUUCAAUCCCUUGCACAAUUGGUGAUAUGUCAAUUAAUCGUGCUCUAUGUGAUCUCGGUGCUAGUGUCAGUCUUAUGCCAUUGUCUAUAUGUAACAAGUUACAGAUGGGAGACUUGAAGCCUACUACUAUCUCCCUCCAAUUGGCGGAUCGAUCGGUUAAACGUCCGGUAGGUAUAUUAGAGGAUGUACCCAUCCAGGUUGGUAAAUUCUUUAUUCCAGUUGAUUUUGUUAUUCUUGAAAUGGAGGAGGAUUCUCAAAUCCCCAUUAUAUUGGGAAGACCUUUCCUUGCUACCGCUGGAGCGAUAAUUGAUGUGAAGAAUGGAAAGCUCUCUCUCAAUAUAGGGGAUGAAAAGGUGAAUUUUGAUUUGUUUUCUGCUAUGAAGUUUCCACUAAUUGAUGAUACUUGUUGCAGGAUUGACACGAUUGACAUGGUGGUUAGAGAAGAUUUUACCAGAGAUAUCUCAAGUGAUCCACUUGAGAAAUGUUUAGUAAAGAAUGGGGUACCAGAUGAUGAUGAUCAGGAAAUAACUUCCUAUGUUACAAUGCUUGAUGAAAAGCCAACCUACACCAAAACCACCUACAUCAAAGAACCUGAUAUAGUGGUCGAAAUUGCAAGGGGGCUGAAUGACCAGGUUGUGUCUGUAAACACAGCUGUGUCAAAAAGCAGCAGAAACAGCCCAGAACAGGUUUGUGAAGAGAAAACUGCACCUGGGAAGAUGCUGAAUAAUGAUUCCACACGGCCAUGGUGUGUCCGUAGACACAGUCGUGUCAAAAAGCAGCAGAAGAAGUCUAGAACCAGUCCAUCUCCACCAGUUGAAGUGGAACAUAAGGCACAUUGGGCUAUCAAGAGCAUUCAUUUAGAUUUGAAAGAAUCAGGGGAACAGAGAAAGCUUCAACCAGAUGAACUUGAUGAAUUGAGAUUGGAUGCGUAUGAGAAUGCCAAGAUUUACAAAGAAAGAACAAUGAAGUGGCAUGAUCAACAUAUCCUCCGUAAAGAGUUUACAGAAGGAGACUUGAUACUUCUACUUAAUUCCCGACUCAAGCUUUUUCCGGGCAAACUUUGUUCGAGGUGGUCUGGACCAUUCCAAGUGUGCAAGAUAUACCCAUUUGGGGCUGUCGAAGUAUGGAGUGAAGCCACGGGAUCUUUCAAGGUCAAUGGACAGCGAUUAAAGCAUUAUUUCACAGGAACUCUGAUCGAGAAGUUGGAUACUUUUACCCUUCCCGAUUCAUCAUCAUUGUGAGCAUUGAAGGGGUCGAGCUCAUGACCAUAAACAAGCGCUUCUUGGGAGGCAACCCAAGUUUUUCUUUCAUUUUCUUUUUCUUUUUAGUGUUUUAAUUAUUAGUUUUUAUGACAUGUAAUCAGGUUGCCGUGAACUGGUGUGUAGGUGAAUGACAAAGGGAAAAUAGGUAAUAGAGAGUUCAAGGCUAAAGAGGCAGAAGAAAAAAAAAAUUGAAUACACAGUUUACACGGCUAGGCCGUGUCCACCAACACAGCCGUGUAGCAGUCGAGACAGUCUUCAUCUCAUUUCCAGAGUCUACCACACCCUGGGAAGGCAUCCACCACACCCGUGGCCAAAGAAAAAAAAACUCCAGACUUCUUUGACCCCACCCCCCUUCCAUCUUCUUUGACCCACCCUUUUUUUUUCUUUUCGUUCUUUGACCCCAUCUCCCAAACCCAUCUAAUCUAACCGAACAAACACCUGACAUCCCAAUUAAAUUCCCCACCUCUCAAACCACCUAUCAAUCCCAACCUCCCCAAAAAGCCAUUAACUUCUCCUGACAACCCCACUCACUUCCCCACCUCCCCCCCAAAAAAAAACCCAUUACCUUUCCCACAACCUAAUUCACAGACUUCCCCAUUGAUUUCCCAUACUUCUCCCACUCAUCCUCCCUUUGAUUUUCACCAUUAUAGUCAUCCUUCCCACCUCUAACCCAAGGCCAGAAAUGUUUCCAACACAAAGCUUACACGUCUGAAGUUCCGACGAGAGAAGGCCGUCCCGCAACUCCAACGAUCUCCCAUUCAGCCCCAUGGCUCCAAAACGCAGAAAAAGCAAUGACGCAACAACCUCCAACUCACCGACAGCUUUGAAACACCGGUCUACAAGGGGUAACCCUUCGCCUCCUUCCAAUAACCCUGAUGGUACCCCUACAACAACCGGCUCCAUACAUUUCGCCCCACGAUGCAUCCACGUCUAGUGCGUCCCUCAAUUGGACCAACAGGUUCAACAUGUUGGAGAGGGGGCAGCAACACUUGAAAGACUCCAUCCACUCAUUACAACAAGAUAUGGGCACAGAAUUCCAUGCCAUUAACGCGCGUCUGGAUGGUUUUGGCACUACACUAGGGACGAUGAACCAGUUGAUACAAGAUUUGCACCACUUUUCUCUACCUCAUGAUUAUGCACCUCCACCGCCACCUCAAUGAGCGGUGAGUCCCUCUUAUCCCCCUUUCAAUUACUCAAACACAUUGAGGACAAUGUGCAAUUCAAGCAUGGGGGAGUGCGUUGGUAUUUCAUGUCUUUUAUGUAUGUUUUGGUGUGUUUUUCACUGUGUUUUUGUGUGCUUGUUUUCUGUGAUUGGGAUAUUUCAUUUAGUUAUUAAAAAAAAAGAGUACCACUGUUUGAAAACUCUUCUAACACGUGCAUCAUUUAUUUCACAUGCCCCAUUGCUAAAAAAAAAUCUUUGUUUCAUGUUCAGUUGGUUAGGAUGUUAUCUGUUUGAGUUCCGCUUUGUCGAUACUUAACUCUAAACAUUGGAGAGAUAGGAAUGGAUUUUGGCUCAACCCAUCUAAUUAAAACCUAAGCUUCUUUGGUGACUUGGAAUACUUUUUGGUUACUGGAGAAACACUCGGCCUUGU